CACGCCCCCAGCGAAGAGUUUCUCCAUCCGGCAACUGGUGAAGGCUUUUUUCCAAGUCACAUGAUCCAGGAUGCAGGGGAAAAUCCUUCUUGGAACAGAGCUGGGUACAGAAUCGAAUCAGAUGAGGAGAGAUAAGGUGUGAUGUGGGACAGACUAUAUAAAGCAUGGAACCAGGGCUGCAAGAAGCAGGCAGCUGUGGGGCCCCUUCCCCUGACCCAGCCAUGCAGGUGCAGCCCGGCUCGGUAGCCAGCCCCUGGAGAAGCACAAGACCCUGGAGAAGCACAAGUCGCAGCUACUUCUACCUCAGCACCACCGCACUGGUGUGCCUUGUUGUGGCAGUGGCGAUCAUUCUGGUCCUGGUAGUCCAGAAAAAGGACUCCACUCCAAAAACAACUGAGAAAGUUCCCCUUAAAGGAGGAAAUUGCUCAGAGGAUCUCUUAUGUACCCUGAAAACGACUCCAUCCAAGAAGUCAUGGGCCUACCUCCAAGUGUCAAAGCAUCUCAACAAUACCAAACUGUCAUGGAACCAAGAUGGCACCAUCCACGGACUCGUAUACCAGGAUGGGAACCUGAUAGUCCAGUUCCCUGGCUUGUACUUCAUCGUUUGCCAACUGCAGUUCCUCGUGCAGUGCUCAAAUCAUUCUGUGGACCUGACAUUGCAGCUCCUCAUCAAUUCCAAGAUCAAAAAGCAGACACUGGUGACAGUGUGUGAGUCUGGAGUUCAAAGCAAGAACAUCUACCAGAAUCUCUCUCAGUUCUUGCUGCAUUACUUACAGGUCAACUCUACCAUAUCAGUCAGGGUGGAUAAUUUCCAGUAUGUGGAUACAAACAUUUUCCCUCUUGAUAAUGUGCUAUCUGUCUUCUUAUAUAGUAGCUCAGACUGAAUAGUUGUUCUUAACCCUUAUGAAAAUGCUGUCUACCAUACAGUACUUCAUCUGUCCAAACAUGGGCAAAA